AGUCUAGUCUCGCUGUAGUCUCCGUACGGUUAGGAAGGGCAUGGGCAUGGAUACCAAGCCGGGGCGCUACAUCGCGCGAGCAAGGGCCCUGUUGGACCGUGAGUUUGUUCCAGGCUUCCAGCCCUCCCACUCCCUUCUCGCUAGCUUUGGCACAGUAAUCGAUUACGGUACUUCAACACAUCGUCUCACUUCCGUUGGCUCAUGGAGUCGCACUUGCAUCCACUCUGGCACUCACUGGCUGGCUCAUCGGCUGUUCCAUCCACUGUGCUGUGGAGAGUGUGAGCUGGGCCGGGCUGAUAUUCACAUGUUGCCUGGAAAGCCAGCAGCCUGUAGUGCCCAGGAGCCAGCCCCGACGGAGUAAAUUCACGACGUGUCACUGCACUGUGGUGCAUCGCUGUGCUACAUAGGCCCAGAGCUGACAAAUCGCGACAGCUCUGGAAGCGUCAUUUCAUCCACGAGCGUUCGCAACCCUGAAAGAAGAAACAGAGCAGAGCGUCUUCGCCGAUGCAAUGCAAUAUGGCUCAUAAGCACGCUGCGCCAAAACGCUCGAAAACAGCGCAUGAUGGACAGAUCUGCUGGAGCACAAGACAUUACAUCUUCCACUUUUCAGCGCCGCUCUCGUUCUGCCAGAUACACCGUAACAUCUUGGAAGCUACCCCUCGUUUGAGCCGAAAGCUUUGCGACUCAGACCUCUGCAAGCAUCAUCAUCAUGAGCUUCCAAAUCCGCUACGUAACCGCCCAGGUAUUCAGCCCAGUUCGUCGUCUUGGCCCAUCGAAUAGACUUCUCGUGCCCAAAGCUUAAACAAGUGGACCCCCACCGCGCGCUGCAAAUCUUUCAAAUAGUCUCACAAAUUUUCCCGACCUAAAGACCAAUCUCAGAAGCGAAAUUUUCACCGUCAUGCCACAUGGUUGUAAAAAUGGAAUAUAUCAGACUAUGGGGAAAUUUUUGCGUGGUACCUGGUUUCUAUGACCUAAGCGAGAGCUUUUCAGGGGACUUAAACGAGCUCUGGGCCCUGAUGACAAAGUUGACAGACUUGGCAGAGCGCAAGGAGUGACAUGGAAGAGUCCAAUGCUUUCGAGACACACAUUUUGAUAGUAGCUUCUGGAAAUGAUACUGUAGUAUGGUAGGCAACAAUACGUUAAGGAAACU